CAAGAUAAGCACCAACUGAGACACAGCUUAUUUUACUAAUGUGAUCAAUCUGCGUUUCCUUCCAUCUGAUGAUGUAGAUAUCCUUCUGCCUGGUGUUGAUGGCUGAAGUGUAAUGCUGGCUCCAGGGAUCAGCCUAUUUUGCCUCCCUAGCGCAUCAGCACACACAACGGCUGCGAUGCUGGCCCGGGGAUCAACCACAGUGCGGCCUCCCCAGCGCAUCAGCAUGACAACCGUCUGGACUGAGCUGAGUAGGGUACAUCUCUGGGGUCUUCAAGUGGGCACCUUCCACCCUCAGUGUUUUGUCGACUAACAUACUCAAAAAAGUAGAAUAUAACUUGUAGGAUUUUGCUUUUAUUUAACAGUGAACACAACCAAUCCAUUAGUGAUUAACAGGGCCGGAUCUAGCCUUGUAGCUUGACUGGUUCACCUAAUUCUUCAAGAUACACAAAAGGUUCCCCGUGACCCCACCUCACCUCAACACGUGUAUAACAAACCUUAAGGAAAUGUUCCUUUCAGUACAGUUUGGAACACAUUUGCUUUUAAAAUGACUUAUCCUGGUGAAAACCAAAUAACAAAGAUGGAGUCUGUUUACAUUAAACAGGAGGAGGUUCAGGAAUUGGUACCUGUCUACAUUAAACAGGAGAUGACUGAACUGGAUCCUGUCCACAUGAAAGAAGAGACUGAACUGGAGCCUGUCCACACUGAAGAGGAAGAGCAGCCUGUCCACAUUGAAGAGGAAGAGACUGAACUGGAGCCUGUCCAUUUUAAAGAGGAAGAGACUCAACUAGAGCCUGUCCACAUUAAAGAAGAGACUCAACUAGAGCCUGUCCACAUUAAAGAGGAAGAGACUCAACUAGAGCCUGUCCACAUUAAUGAAGAGACUCAACUAGAGCCUGUCCACAUUAAAGAGGAAGAGACUCAACUAGAGCCUGUCCACAUUAAAGAAGAGAUUGAACUGGAGCCUGUCCACAUUAAAAAGGAAGAGACUGAACUGCAGCCUGUCCACAUUGAAGGGGAAGAGACUGAACUGAACAUUGAAGAGGAGUCUAUUGACUUGUUUAAGGAUUCAGAAAACAUAUCCGGACCAAAAAUAUCACACCAAUGUACUGACUGUGGGAAGAACUUCAGUUGGUUAGGAAACCUAAAAACACACCAGCGAAUUCACACUGGAGAGAAGCCGUAUGACUGUACUGAAUGUGGAAUGAGCUUCCGUAGGUUAGGAGACCGAAAAACACACCAACGUAUUCACACUGGAGAGAAGCCGUAUCAGUGUACUGAAUGUGGAAAGAGCUUCCGUCGGUUAGGAGACCGAAAAAGACACCAACAAAUUCACACUGGAGAGAAGCAGUAUCACUGUAUUGAAUGUAGGGUGAGCUUCACUUGGUUAGAAAACCUAAAAAGACACCAACAAAUUCACACUGGAGAGAAGCCGUAUCACUGUUCUGAAUGUAGGGUGAGCUUCAGUCGGCUAGAAAACCUAAAAACACACCAGCGAAUUCACACUGGAGAGAAGCCGUAUCACUGUACUGACUGUGGGAAGAGCUUCAAACAGUCAGACACCCUAAAAAGACACCAGCGAAUUCACACUGGAGAGAAGCCGUAUCACUGUUCUGACUGUGGGAGGAGCUUCAUUCAAACAGGACACCUAAAAAGACACCAGCGAGUUCACACUGGAGAGAAGCCAUAUCACUGUCGUGAAUGUUGGCAGAGCUUCAAACAGUCACACACCCUAAAAAAACACCAGCAAAUUCACACUGGAGCCAGCCUUCCUCCCUCCCUCCCUCCCAGUCCCUCACCUCUCCACCCUGAUUGUUUGAGUGGAGAGCUGUCUGAUUCCCUGCCUCUUUCUCUCACCCUGCAGUAAAUGAUGGGGGUCCUCCGGACUGAGAGCCAGCCUGAAUCCAGAGACACUGAGAAGGGGACAGACCCAUUCUUUCAGAAUGAACUGGAGAGCCCUGGGAUUCAGCUCCACUCCUGCCCCUGAAUUGGAAAUGAAUCUCACUCAUCAUGCUGUGAGGAUUUAGGACAGUGUUACAUGGUCAUUCUACUUAGAAGGGUCACAUUGGAAAUAUAUGUCAAGCUUUUUCUCUGAACACUUGUAUGUGUGAUUAGGGAUCUGGACUCUUGACCGGAGGGUCGUGGGUUCAAUCCCAGGUGGGGGACACUGCUGCUGUACCCUUGAGCAAGGUACUUUACCUAGAUUGCUCAAGUAAAAACCCAACUGUAUAAAUGGGGAAUUGUAUGUAAAAAAUUAUGCGAUAUCUGUAUAAUGUGAUAUCUUGUAACAAUUGUAAGUCGCCCUGGAUAAGGGUGUCUGCUAAGAAAUAAAUAAUAAUAAAUAAUAAGAAGAACAUAAGAACAUAAGAAAGUUUACAAACGAGAGGAGGCUCCAUUCAGCCCAUCUUGCUCGUUUGGUUGUUAGUAGCUUAUUGAUCCCAGAAUCUCAUCAAGCAGCUUCUUGAAGGAUCCCAGGGUGUCAGCUUCAACAACAUUACUGGGGAGUUGGUUCCAGACCCUCACAAUUCUCUGUGUAAAAAAGUGCCUCCUAUUUUCUGUUCUGAAUGCCCCUUUAUCUAAUCUCCAUUUUGACCCCUGGUCCUUGUUUCUUUUUUCAGGUCAAAGAAGUCCCCUGAGUCGACAUUGUCUAUACCUUUUAGGAUUUUGAAUGUUUGAAUCAGAUCACAGCGUAGUCUGCUUUGUUCAAGACUGAAUAGAUUCACUUCUUUUAGCCUGUCUGCAUACGACAUGCCUUUUAAACCUGGGAUAAUUCUGGUUGCUCUUCUUUGCCCUCUUUCUAGAGCAGCAAUAUCCUUUUUGUAACGAGGUGACCAGAACUGAACACAAUAUUCUAGGUGAGGUCUUACUAAUGCAUUGUAAAGUUUUAACAUUACUUCCCUUGAUUUAAAUUCAACACUUCUCACAAUAUAUCCGAGCAUCUUGUUGGCCUUUUUUAUAGCUUCCCCACAUUGUCUAGAUAAAGACAUUUCUGAGUCAACAUAAACUCCUAGGUCUUUUUCAUAGUUCCCUUCUUCAAUUUCACUAUCUCCCAUAUGAUAUUUAUAAUGCACAUUUUUAUUGCCUGCAUGCAAUACUUUUCACUUUUCUCUAUCAAAUUUCAUUUGCCAUGUGUCUGCCCAAUUCUGAAUGCUGUCUAGAUCAUUUUGAAUGACCUUUGCUGCUGCAACAGUGUUUGCCACUCCUCCUAUUUUUGUGUCGUCUGCAAAUUUAACGAGUUUGCUUACUAUACCAGAAUCUAAAUCAUUAAUGUAGAUUAGGAAUAGCAGAGGACCUAAUACUGAUCCCUGUGGUACACCACUGGUUACCUCGCUCCAUUUUGAGGUUUCUCCUCUAAUCAGUACUUUCUGUUUUCUACAUGUUAACCACUCCCUAAUCCAUGUGCAUGCAUUUCCUUGAAUCCCUACUGUGAUCAGUUUGAGAAUUAAUCUUUUAUGCGGGACUUUGUCAAAAGCUUUCUGGAAAUCUAAAUAAACCAUGUCGUAUGCUUUGCAGUUAUCCAUUUUGAAUGUUGCAUCCUCAAGAAAAUGUAGACAUGUUCAGGUUAUGUAUUAAGAAGCUCAGCGAAGUCUAUUCGAAGUAGACUACAGCUGUGACCAAAAGUUUUGCAUUCCACUAUAGAAUUAACUAAUUUUGCUUCAUAAAGUCGAAUUAAACCUGCUGAAUAUUGUAACAUUAACAUUUAAUUACAUACCGCUUUUUAGUUUUCCUAUACUUAAUAAAACAAAAACUGUGAAAUCUAACAUGAAGUACAGUACUACUAUUAUGGCAUCCGGUAGACUUUUUUUGCAAGAUCAUUUUGUAGUUUAGUUGAUUACACAAUGUUAAAAAGAAUCUGAAUUACCAGUAUGUUCAUAAGUUCGUUUUUAAUUUCUCCUAUUGUACCAAAAAUUCUAGAUGACGCUAAACUUUUUGCCAGAGCUAUACAUAUAAAUCAGCACUGCCAUUAAAAUAGAAUGUUUAAAGCUUUAUAUAUUUUGUCUCAAUUGCAUUCUAUAAGACAGUGUGAAGUGUAGAUUAUGCUAUUAAAGGAGAACACCUUUACACAGUUCACUAUUCAGAUACCACUAAUAAACUUUGCAUUGAUUUUAAACUGUUGUGAAGUGUUCUGUUCUUUAUUGCUGCCCGGCUCCACUAUUUGUGCUGCCUGUCUAGGGGAAGAGAAGUCUAUUAAUCCAAACAGCAUGCAGAUUUAUUUAGAUUGGAUCAGGAGCAAUGGGUCCUCAAACAGGGUUGGACUGUACAGGGAUGUCAUGCAUGCGGAAAUGGCAAAAACAAACAAAUAAUAAUUUAUUUCUUAGCAGACGCCCUUAUCCAGGACGACUUACAAGAUAUCACAUUAUUUUUACAUACAAUUCCCCAUUUAUACAGUUGGGUUUUUACUGGAGCAAUCUAGGUAAAGUACCUUGCUCAAGGGUACAGCAGCAGUGUCCUCCACCGGGGAUUGAACCCACAACCCUCCGGUCUAGAGUCCAGAGCCCUAACCACUACUCCACACUGCUGCCCACAAUCCAUCAUUAUUUUAAAACAUAAGGUCACAGAAAAUUACUGGCAUUUUUUUUGUUUUAAUAAUACAUGGGUGUUUCCAGUGGACAGCCUUUGGAAACACAUUUAGAAGCACACUUUUGCAGUUUGAUUACUAUAAUAUUUGUUUUGUUUUUAAUGGAAUGAGGGUCAAAUGAUACAGAAUGAUACAUGUAACAAUAAUAAUCCUUGUUUGUUAACUUUAGUUUGUAGUUGUAUUGGAACCCAAGGGCUGAAGCUGAAAUGUAUAGAAGGGGUUCAGACUGAUACAAAUUAACAAGGAAAUGUCAGUUACACUAACAAGGACCAUACUGGAAAUAGAACAAAUUAUUACACCACAGAAAUCUAAUAGCUGUGUUAUUAAUGUCCAAGAAUAAACUGGAUUGGUGGACUGCAUUGGAAUAAAUAAUGGUUAACUUCUGCCAUCUAGUGGUCAGGGACUGCCCAGUCCCUGACCACAUUCCGGCGCCUCCUUAAGACUCACCUCUUCAAACAGCACCUGUAGAACUCCUCUGUUUGUAUCCUGGGACACUAUCACCCUUCAUGUAAAUGUGCUUUAUUUUGCUCUUAUCUGCCCCCUAUUUUACUGCAUUUAAUCCUGUACUUCAGAAUACUGUAAUCUGCCAAGUGUUUAACCUGUAGUAUUUUGUAUUUAAUCAUAUCCUGAUGUAACAAUCACUAUUUAAUCAUAUCCUGAUGUAACUAUCACUAUUUAAUCAUAUCCUGAUGUAACUAUCACUAUUAUCUGCUGUAUUAUUGAAUUGUGGUUUGUCACACUUGUACUUUGCUUGAACAAAAGUUAUUGUAUUUCUUGCUCUUAUUGUAUUACUUGUAUUGUAACACUUGAAAUGUAUUUGCUUACGAUUGUAAGUCGCCCUGGAUAAGGGCGUCUGCUAAGAAAUAAAUAAUAAUAAUAAUAAUAAUAAAAAUAUAAAAUCAGAAUAUUUAAAGAAAAAAGCCACAUUUGUGUAUGAACUGGUUUUCUACUCUUCUUAAUGUGUUUGAAAUCAUUUUUAAACAUACCUUCAAUGAAGUGGAUCUUUGUCUCCUUUUUUAUUCUGCUGGUAUUAUUUAAAACACUGACUCAACCAAAGUGCUAAAUAUAGACAUUCACUUGCUUGUCACAUUAACAGGACGUUGCUUGUCUCUCAUCAGCUGGUGAUGUUUCUGUUUUAUUAGUAUUUAUUUCUUAGCAGAUGUCCUUAUCCAGAGCGACUUAUAAUUGUUACAAGAUAUCACAUUAUUUUUACAUACAAUUACCCAUUUAUACAGUUGGGUUUUUACUGGAGCAAUCUAGGUAAAGUACCUUGCUCAAGGGUACAGCAGCAGUGUCCCCCACC